AUGACUUCUGGGAAUGUUUUACUUUCAAAAUGGCGGAAGACAGGGAAGUACUACGAUCUAUCUGGGAUGGCCGAUUGCCAGUGUGUUUCAAUCUAAGUUCAGAUGAGGUGGUAACUGUAGAACAGCCAGAUCCAUACUAUCUUUUAGUGCCUAGAUUAAGCUACCUUACCCUUGUGACAGACAAAGUACAGCGGCAUUUCCAAAGGGCAAUCAGUAAUGAAAGUGUAGAUGAAAUGUGGUUUGAAUAUGAUGGGCAACCAUUAAAAUGGCAUUAUCCUAUUGGUGUACUGUUUGACUUGUAUGGUUCAUCAGCUUCUCUACCAUGGAAUCUCACAGUUCACUUUCAGAGAUUUCCCGAGAGUGAGGUAAUGAGGUGUUCUGGAAAGGAAGCCAUAGAAGCACAUUUUAUGUCUGCUGUCAAGGAGGCUGAUAAUUUGAAACACAGAUCCCAAGUUAUAAAUUCAAUGCAAAAGAAAGAUCACAAGCAAUUGUGGCUGGGCUUGAGUAAUGAUAAGUUUGAACAGUUUUGGGCUGUGAACCGCCGUCUGAUGGAAAGAACAGGGGAUGACCCGUACUUCAAGUUCAUUCCUUUCAGAAUAUUUCAGUCUGAUAAGCAAUUUAUCCAAGAGUUGUUUAGACCUGUCAACGAAAAUGGUGAACAGCACACACUUGGUGACUUGUUACGUGAAUUCGUUCCUGAGGUGUUUGCCGGUGGCAGCGCAGUGAUUGAUAACGAGUGGCGAGUUGUGAUUCAAGGAAUUGAACCUCCUCUAGAGACUCCUAUACACUGGAUUAGUGAACAUUUCAGUCACCCGGACAAUUUUUUGUACAUUGUCAUUGUAAGGGUCGUGUAGUUCAACUAAUGGCAUCCAUCUCAAGUAUUUGCAGAGAACCUCUUUGCAGUGUAGUUGUAGUAAGCGCGUCAUUAGGAACAAUUCAUCUCCGUGGCGUUUUUGUUAUUUUGAAGGGGAUUUUGGAGGGAUUUAUCUGGAAGGCCGUAUCAAGCAGUUUAGCUGAAAUUCGUCGGUAGCUGGAUUCAAUGAUAGCAUCGAAGGUUUCCUUCAUUUUCCUUUCAUAAUCACCUUGUCCCUGGGGUUUUCAUUCAUUGCCCCGGGGAUUUUCAUUGUUCUCUGGCCAGGGUCCCGUUGUGGCGUUCUCAAGAAAGAAAAAGUGAUGGAUUAUAUUGGAAGGCAAAGCACAGUACGCCCUUCCGAUUUACGCGCUACUUGUUUUGGUACCUGAAAUCCCUCCAAUGAAUUAACAGGGAAAUCAAUUUCGUUUUGCCCACGUGCGACCCUAAUCUGAAUGAGUGGAGUUCAAUUCUGUCUGUAAUUACGAGAAAAUUGGGCGAGCCCACUGAUAACUGGAAAGACUCGGAUUCAAAAACAUUGUUUUGUAUAUUAUAGUUAUGGCAAGGGUGAUCAUAUAAUCAAGUAACAAUGCAUAAAAAGCAGGUAAAAAAUUUUUAUAAAAGUGACAGAAUUGUAAAAUAAAAGUUUCUAUAUCGACAUUCCAUGCCAGUAGUUCCUAGGCCAGUUAUCUGCACAAAUAAAUAAUUUCAUUGGUUUUGAGGAUAGAAAACAAACGAGACCACAUAAAACAACAUCUACGGCAACGGUGUUCGCGUCUAAAGGCGUCCCAAAUGAAAAAUACACUGGUGAAGAACUUGUGGAUAAGACGCAUUUCGCGCCCACGUCGUGAGACUUUACUUUGGUUUGAAAAUUUCACGAGGCGGAGUUGAAUACCAGGAAUGUAUUGGGUUUUGCACUAGUUCGGGCAUCUCCGAUGAUAUUGCUGUUAUAUUCCAUCCUUUUGAGUAAAUAAAUCUACUUUUACAGUA